UGCAUUGUCAACUGUAGAAAGAUCUAGUUUUCUUUUCCGGGAAGUUUACGUUAUAAACCGAAAGCAAGCAGUUGUUUGCUAAAAUUACGUGAGUGAUUCGCCAUUUGUGGUGCGAACAACUACUUGCAAAAGAUGUCGACCAUCAAUUACAGUAAAUGGGAUCAUAUUGAGAUCUCAGAUGAUGAGGACGAUACCCAUCCAAAUAUUGACACACCAAGUCUCUUCAGGUGGCGGCACCAAGCUAGAGUGGACAGGAUGGAAGAGCAGAAGAAAAAGAAAGACAAAUUAGAAGCUGAUAAGCAAGGGCACCAACAGAAAGUUGCAGCAAUGAAAAGAAAAGUGAAAGAAGCAGAAGAGAGUGCUUCGGCUGAAUUUGAAAAGUUGAAGAUUGAACUGUCAGAGCUGGAAAAGCAAGAAGAAGAGUACAAGAAAAAGGAAGACGAUCUCAAGAAAGAGGAAAAGCUGACUCCAUUGAACAUUGACACCAUUUGCAAAGACGGCAAAUCGAAAACUCUGAUCAACAAAGCUCCUCCCCCUCCGAAAGAGAUGACGGAAGAAGAGAAGAUUGAGAAGCAGCAAGAGUUCACGAAAAAGUACAAAACACAGAUCCGUAAGUAUGGGAUGCUGCAGAAAUGGGAUGACAGCAAGCAAUACCUGAUGGACAACAACUACCUGGUGUGUGAGGAGACGGCCAACUACCUGGUCAUCUGGUGCAUUGACCUUGAGGUGGAGGAGAAAACGGACCUGAUGAAGCAUGUGAGCCAUCAGUGCAUUGUGAUGCAAUUUAUCCUGGAGCUGGCCAAAAGUCUGACCACGGACCCGAGAAGCUGUGUCGGAGCUUUCUUCUCACGAAUAAAACUUGGGGAGAAACAGUACACAGAUGCAUUCAAUGACGAACUCGGAUCUUUCCGAGAGAGAAUCAAGGAGAGAGCCCGGAUCCGCAUCGAAGAAGCCAUGAAGGAAUACGAAGAGGAGGAACGGAAGAAGCGCCUGGGACCUGGUGGUCUGGAUCCUGUGGAAGUGAUGGAGUCGCUGCCUGAGAAACUGCGACUUUGUUUCGAGUCGCAAGACAUUGGUGCCCUCCAGAAAGCUGUCACAGAAAUACCUGAGAAGGAGGCUGCCUAUCACAUACAGCGCUGCAUCGACUCAGGCCUCUGGGUACCUGGAGGGAACGAGGAUAAAAGCGAGGGGACGGAAGGCGAGACAGAGGGAGCGGGGCCUGACCUGGAAACCACCACAUCCAAGACGGAAGAGACCUAUGAAGAGGUGGACUAGAUCGGACAACGUGGCUCACCCCCUGCUUCUUGGGGCAGCCUGUCGAGGACAUCUAUAGAUUCUCUUGUUGUCUCCUCCGCAAGUACCCAAGUCAUUAGUUCUCCCGCCCCCCCCCCCCCCCCCCCCCCCCCACACACACGCACACCCAAAAGUGAUUGAAACUUGAAAACUUAGUAAAAUGACAGCUUCAUAUUUUUACUUGAAACUUAAAAACUUACUGGUAGUAAAGUGACAGCUUCAUAUUUUUACCAGAAGUGAUAGUUUGAUAGCACAAGUCUCUGGCUGUGAUAGUGUGGUACCCGCACUAAAAAAAAACCCCAAAAUGUUUAGAAGAAACUAAGUAGCCACAGAAUAAAUUACAUUUGUCCUUGCUUUCGCCCCAAAAUGGGGGGGGGGGGGGGGGGGGGGGAGGAGAGAAAGUGAUUGGCGAAAGCGGAACUUGACAAUUUGAAAGAGUUUUGUUUUGUACGAUACAUCAGUGUGUGUCCUCUUCAUGAUCAGCAAUCACAUCAGUAGGCUUUCCUUCCACGAGUUGUAUUUUCUGUUUGCGUUCCCUUCACUCUGGUGAUAUGGGUCCUUGCCUUGUAUGGACAAAGCUGCUGUUUAAAAAGCAGGUGUUUCUUCAGUUUUACCCACAAUCUAACAUAGAACUCUUAUAAUGUGUCAUUUUGACAUCCAGUGCAAAUCGUUUGACAUUUCAUAAAAAUCAUUAUUGUGCUUCAUAAUGGUAGGAUAAUUUUCUGUAAAAAAUUCCUGGGCUUUGAGACUCUAUUGCAGUAGUUCCUUGACAUCUCAUUGCCGGUCACAUCAAGUGGCUAGGCUUUAAUUCACAAAGUUAACCAAAAGAGAUAGAUUUCCUUUUGGGGUCAGGGCAUCCAACGUUUAUAUAGACUUGAAGUGAGCAAAAAAUUUGAACUUGUGUGUCCCACAGCUUUCCCAUUUUUGGGGUAUAAGCUGUUUUAGUGAAUGUCAAUAUUCUUGAAAAAUGUAGGGAGAAAUUUCCAGACAUUGUCAGCGUAAUUUCACAAUCGCCAAAGCUAUUUUUGAAAUUUUGAGAAAUUUAAAAAGAGCUCCCAAAUCAAAACAAUGACUUCGGCCCUUGUUAUUUUCUUAUUUGAAUAAUAUCUUGAUCUGGACCUCCCUAGAAAUUGACUUGGGCAAUAGAUAAAUGAUAAUGAUGCUGAUGGUAUUUCAUCUGGUAAACAAUGGCACAUUUUAUCCCCCCUCUAUUUCUAUAAAAAUUGAUAAUUAGAGAAGGACGUGUUAUCUUAGGCUUUUGGUAUGAUCUGUCUCCCUGCAUCCCAUCGAGAGGAUGGUUCUAACAAAUUUAACAAAAUUGUGGUGCUCAAAUCAUGCACAGAUCUGUAGCUCGUGAUAUUGUCAAAGACUCUCCUGAAGUGUUUUACACACAUGAGAAGCUAAUGGAGUCGGGCAAUUCAUAAUGAGAUUUGGUUCCUUUGAUCACUUGGGAUAGAACUUGAUUACCUACUUAUGAAGACAUCGGCGGAAAAUUAUUACACAUUGUCUCGUACAUGUCAACUGCUCAUAAAAUGCUAAAAUUUCAUUCAUGCAUGAUGAACGUUUGUAACUUUCAAUGUGAAAAUAAAUCACAACACAACACGCUUAAA